UUGGAAAUUAGUAUCAAUUUUGCAUUGUUUUUGGGCGGGAAACACCAAUACAAAAAGAUGAGUGGAAAGCCAUUGUUGAUAUUAACAGCCCUAGUAGCAUGCAUCCUGUAUGCAAACGCAAGUGAUUGUAACUGGACAAAUCGGGUAAAACAGAGGCGCAGGUGGUGCGACGAUGAGACUGACAAAAUCCUUCAACUAGCAUCUACCAUCAGUGUAACUAUUACACCUCCUACCACCCAGAGCACGACAGAGAGCACAACUGCUGGUUUAGCACCACUACAAUGUUUAUGUGGCCAGGAUGGCUACAAGUAUAUAUCUAGUAGCUGUACAUCCUGUGGACAAGAUGCUGGCUGUAUAAAGGUCUAUGAUGAGAAGCGUGGAGAUGAAGUGACGAGAGAAGAGGCUGAGGAAAGAUGUAACUUUGAUGGAGCACAUCUUGUGCGCUGGACCAAUGACCAAUGUUUGGAAGAUAUAAAGACAUUCCUCAAAGAUCAAGGGUACCAAGGGAGAAAAGCAAUACAAUUCUGGUCAUGUGGCGUAGAUCCAGACAUUACAUUCAAAGGUUUUCCUGAACCACUGGGCUGUGGAGAAUGUGAAGAAGGACCAGGUGGACCACCACCACGAAGACCAAAGUGUUAUGCUUUUAGUUACACACCAAAGAAAAAGAAAACUGCAAUUGUCAAAACAGAUUGUAAUAGAGGGAGGAACAGGUUCAUUUGUCAAAGGAUGUGUGCUUAAGAGAAAUUUAUUACUCCGAGAUAUCCUGUACUUAUAAUGUGUGAUUCUCCGUAGUCUACAAAAU